AUGGACUCUUCUACGACGUCGUUUUGGACUGACCAAAAACACGUUAACUACCUCAACACAAUGGAAGCUUCUUUCGUCCGUGCAAUGUUCCAACACAAAUCCUCUUCUUCAAAUCACAACCCUCCGAUUCUCAGACUCGAUCGCCACCUUCCAGAUUCCUCUGAAUCAACCCUUGAUUUGAAGCCUCACAACCGAGGCCGCACCAGAAAAUACCAUGCACCCUCCUCAGAUUUGAUUGGUCCAGCAACGAGAAGGGUGCGGAGGAGAACAUCUCAGCCGUUCAAUUCAUCACAAGAUCAGGUGGUCCCACACGUAGAAAACGAAAGCAAAGGUGGUUAUAAUGGUGACAGCGACAAAGGAGCAGAUAGUUAA